AUGGCUUCCACCAUAGCCUCGCCGACGCCGCAAUCCCACAACCGGUCAAUGCGAAAAGACAUCGCGAACCUCCAGCUACAUGAAGACGGCCGAGGCACGCCUCUGCCCCAAUACGAGAAGACGCAGACAGUACCGUUCACCCUCACGCUACAAGAAGAGAAAGACAAGCCUGGCCGGUUUCAAUUGGUGGUCAACAUCGAUCCACAGCAGCAGAAACCGUCCGAAGGUAGCCCUCCGAAACCGGCGGCUUCGAAGAAGCUCUACGCAAACCUGACGGAAAUACCAAGCCUCGGCUACGACGUCUCGUCACUCUACCAGACGCAGAAAUCCAGUCCGCCGUCGAGCCCGCAGGAGGAACGGCAGGGAUGGUCCGAUCUGGACGCUAUACCUCCUGAUUUCCUCCAGAAAGUCGUACCAGACUGGCAGGUUACCUUCUCACGGAGUGACUCAACGGCUUCCAGUCAAUCACGCAAACUGGCGGAUAUAAAAGCGCGGAUAAAGAAGAGUGGAAAGGGAUUCGUUGUCAGGCUUCUGAAGGGCUCGAGCGCUGGUACAAAUGAAGUCGCGGAGGUUCACCUGGGACAACAGGGCAACGGGGCUGAGCCGGCUCUCCAAGAACUGGAUUCGCAUCCCCGGGCAGAGCUCGACGCCUCCGAAGCUGCCACGACCUCACUGAGUCCUCAGAGCGACACGGUCGACGACCACCCCGCCAUAUUCGAGAUCGGAACCUCGAACGAGCCCGGAAUUCAGCGACGCGAUCCACAGCGGGCAAACCGCCUGCCAUCAGUUCCUCACUGGCUGAGCCAAGCAACCAGUGACGCUAGGUCGAGGGUCUCUGUAUCAGAAGAAGGCUUUAGUGAUGCGGAAACAUUGAUACCAGAUGUUCGAUCGAUUGCGGACCGUUUGGAGGAACAGACAGACUUGGAGCCGUUUUCGAGGAACAGUUCCGUCAUUCCCACCAGAACUGCUUCAGUGUCGAGCAUAGUCAAAACGCCGACGCGAGGCUUGUCUGUUGUGGGACCUGUCAAGAGGGUUGACAAAGGCAAUCGCGUCCGAGGAAAGGGGAAAGCACCGCGUUCAGACCUCAACCGAUCUGGUGCACAUAAAUCGGUCAAACGUCGCUCGCCAAGGGGGUCAGCUUCUGAUUUUACAACAAUCCGUGCGCUUGAGCAUGGGGAAUGGUUGUUCCGAUCACGGGAGAGCGUUGAGCGCGUGCCUCUUAAUGAAUCUUCGGAUGAACAGGAGCCCAAUGAGUGUAAUAUAUGGCAACACCCAGUUCGAGAGAACGACAGCACAAGGCAGAAAGCCAGGCGUCGAUCUUCUGCCGAUGAGCUCAGCGGGGCUGGCAAACCGAGAGUUCGUCUCCGACUGCAGACCGAUGUCCCUCGCCCAAAGUCCGCAAACACGUCCCCAGUGACAAGGCGAAAACGCUCACCCCGCACACACAAGCCAACAACUUCAUCGUCUUCGGUUCACUUUGUUGACGAAAAUCAGCAGGCGGAGCCUUCUCCUCUCGGGUCAGACGUGGAUCAAUCUGAUAAACUUCGUAAAGCUCUUGAGGUAGCUUUGGGGCCAGUGCCAGAUGAUGGGACCACAAAGCAGAAUCGGGAGGCAAGACCUAUCCCGAGGAUCGAAGAGCCGAUUAGCGAGGAAAACGUGGGAGAGAUUCCGCUGCCGCCUGAGCUCGAGAUCCGCCCGGCACCUACCCACACGAGGAGUCCAACGAUGACGUUCUGGGGUCUAGUCCUAAGCGCCUUAUCAGAGAAGGCUUCCGAAGGUAUACGCGCCCUUCGAGAGAGGUAUGGAAGCGAGCCUCCUGUUCCUCCGAACCACGUUCGAGUUCGGUGGAUUUGUUCCUGUGGUGAGCCUCUGUACGACGACUUUAUCGAACGUCGACCUGGCGCUGCCCGCCUCCUGGAGGCUUAUCUCAACCGCCCACGCAUAUGUACUCCCACCAGUCCACACACGCAUGCUCCUAGCAGCCCAUCCAGCAGAACGAGCACAUCCACUUCAAUGUCAUCAAUAUUUGACUCCGCCAGCAGAGCAUCAACCCUUGCAACACCAGGUUCCACGUACGGUGGUCCGUCCUGGGGCAGGAAUGGUAAUGCGUCCAAGUACAGCCCAACGCGAUCACGAAGCAACAACCCGUUUAGUGUACUUAUGGGUAGUUUUGUUGAGGAGUCAUGGCUGCUCACUUGCGCAAACGAGGGCCGCUUCACGCCAAAGAUUGUCCAUAUCGACGUCAACGCCGGUAGAAUCAAAAGCGACAAAGACCUGGCAUUGGCGUUGCGAGAGCAUUAUGAGCGAUUGAACCGGCGGUGGCUGAAGUGGGCGAGGCUGAGAGCGCUUUCCACCAUCGAGUUUGUACAAUUCGAGGUCCAUCGCAACCGCUUCGCCGAUAUCCGCGCAACGCCUUCCAUGCCACCGACCUCGUCCUCGUCAAACGAGAAGUCUCCGUCCGAGCAUCCGUACACAUUCGAACCAGUCGACCUUAUCCCGCCCGUGGGUUCCGCCUAUCUCCUGCACCUCUUCAAACACCCCGAGGAUUACGACGGCGAGAUGAUAACGUAUGCCCGGGCGCCGAAACGUCGCGAGCGGCUUGAUUUUGGUAUGGGCUGGGGCAUCAACUUAGUAGAAGGCUUCCACGCACAGAAGGUGUGGGCGGUCAUCAUGGCGUGCUUUGGGAUCGGAAGCGCGGUGUUUGCCGUGCUGUGGACGAUUAAGAAGGGCGAUGUGCAGGGCGCAUUCGGAGUCGCUGGAUGGGUGGUUACACUUGCGGGCUUGGUGCUCGGAGGCUUGCAGGCGUGGUUGGAAUGA